CGCUCGGCGCGGUCCCAGCCUGGUCUGCGGGGGAGGCGAGGGACUCUCCCGCAGAACCUUCCACCUUCCUCCUCGAUCCCUCGCUCGGUGCGCCCCUGGCUCUUUUUUUUUUUUUCCGCCUUAAUUGUAUUCCUAAUCCUGGAUGAAGUUGCUGGAUUCUGCAGCACAAGUCUUCAUGAACGAGCAGCACCGCUCAGAGAUUCCACGGCACUCGGAGGUCACAGAGCAGCCGCUAUGGUUAAAUGUCUUGUUUAAUGGUUGAGAGGUGUGGCGAAAUCUUGUUUGAGAACCCUGAUCAGAAUGCCAAAUGUGUUUGCAUGCUAGGAGAUGUACGACUAAGGGGUCAGACAGGGGUUCCUGCUGAACGCCGCGGUUCCUACCCAUUCAUUGACUUCCGCCUACUUAACAAUACAACACACUCGGGGGAAAUUGGCACCAAGAAAAAGGUGAAAAGACUGUUAAGUUUUCAGAGAUAUUUCCAUGCAUCGAGGCUACUUCGUGGGAUUGUACCGCAAGCCCCUCUCCACUUGCUGGAUGAAGACUACCUGGGGCAAGCCAGGCAUAUGCUCUCCAAAGUGGGAAUGUGGGAUUUCGACAUAUUCUUGUUUGAUCGCUUGACAAAUGGAAACAGCUUGGUAACACUGCUGUGCCACCUCUUCAACACCCAUGGUCUCAUUCACCACUUCAAGUUAGACAUGGUGACCUUACACAGGUUUUUAGUCAUGGUCCAAGAAGAUUACCACAGCCACAACCCAUAUCACAAUGCCGUUCACGCAGCUGACGUCACCCAGGCCAUGCACUGCUACCUGAAGGAGCCGAAGCUUGCCAGCUUCCUCACACCCCUGGACAUCAUGCUGGGACUGUUAGCAGCAGCAGCACAUGACGUUGACCACCCUGGAGUGAACCAGCCAUUUUUGAUCAAAACGAACCACCACCUUGCCAACCUAUAUCAGAAUAUGUCUGUGCUGGAGAACCACCACUGGCGAUCUACAAUCGGCAUGCUUCGAGAAUCAAGGCUCCUCGCUCACUUGCCAAAGGAAAUGACACAGGAUAUUGAACAGCAGCUGGGCUCCUUGAUCUUAGCAACAGACAUCAACAGGCAGAACGAGUUUUUGACCAGAUUGAAAGCUCACCUCCACAACAAAGAUUUAAGACUGGAGGAUGCACAGGACAGGCACUUCAUGCUUCAGAUCGCCCUGAAGUGUGCUGACAUCUGCAAUCCUUGCAGGAUCUGGGAGAUGAGCAAGCAGUGGAGUGAACGGGUGUGUGAAGAAUUCUACAGACAAGGUGAUCUGGAGCAGAAAUUUGAACUGGAAAUCAGCCCUCUCUGUAACCAACAGAAAGACUCAAUCCCGAAUAUUCAGAUCGGUUUCAUGACCUACAUCGUGGAGCCGCUCUUCGGGGAAUGGGCGCGUUUCACCGGCAACAGCCCGCUCUCGGAGAACAUGCUGAGCCAUCUCACGCACAACAAGGCGCAGUGGACGAGCCUGCUGCGCUCGCAGCCCCGGAGCGGCGGCGACAGUGGCGGCCAGGGCGAUGGCGAUGGCAGCGGUGGCCCGGAGCCCGCCGGCCCGAGUCCGGAGGAGGAGGAGGAGGAGGAGGAGGAGGAGGAGGAGGCGCAGCCGGGCCCCGCCGACGCGCCCUAG